AUGUUGGGACUACGAACUCCACCCAAAAGCCAAACAUCGGCGCCUGGCAUAAGGCGAAGUAUAGAUAAAUGGGAAGAGGCCUCCAGCCAGGGCCCGAGGGUGGCAAAAGAGGCUCCCCUGGCGGGGGCGGGUGGAGGAGGAAAGUCUCCUGCUCCCGCUCAAACCAGGGAAAAAGAAGCCAAAAAUUGCUACCUUAAGGCAAUUUCACAUCUGGCGGAGUCCAGAAAUAUUAAAACGGACAUAAAAACCGGGGUACAGACAGCCGUAAAACGGCUGUACCAACUAGUAAAGGAGGCCGAAGAGGAGUCACCGAAAAACCAAGACAAGCCAACACCAAAAGGGAAAAAAGAAAUACUAAGCGAUAAACUAGACAAACAUUGA